UCAUUUCUCAAAGAAGAAGAAAAUGAAUCCCUAAGACUUCCUGUUGAAUCUGUUAACCAAACGUAUGUAGUACUCUGCUGUUGAAAUAGAAGCUGUCAUAAACAGAACAGGGACAUGUCGCCCUUGUCGGUUAAACUCAGGGAGUGUAUGCAGAGGUCCAGUCGUCUCUGGAAUGUUUUCUCAUGCGGUCUACACCACGGAUCGUCCUCGUCCUGCUUAUGGAAACGUAAUUUCGCUGCAGUCCACUGUAAAACCAGUCAACUCCUGGUAUCGCAGCCGACCAUAGUAGCCAACCAUUCAGCAUCUUUUCACCAGAGCUCUACACACUGUCAGGACCAGACUGAGAGGCUGUGGUCCGUUUAUAAUGAAACCAAAAGACAGACAGGAGUCAUUUCAACAUACUCGGUCAACCCAGACACCAUAUUUGCCAACAAUGAGAUGAGCCUGCAAGACAUUGAGAUCUAUGGCUUUGACUAUGACUACACCCUGGCCUUCUACUCCAGCCACCUCCACACCCUUAUCUUCAAUGUGGCCCGGGACAUUCUCAUCACAAACCACAGGUAUCCUGAGGGUCUGCUAAAGUAUGAGUACAUACCAGAUUUUGCUGUCAGGGGACUUCACUAUGAUGUACAAAAGGCACUGCUGAUGAAGAUCGAUGCUUUUCACUACAUCCAGCUGGGAACUGUUUACAGGGGCCUUCAUCCAGUUUCUGACGAGGAGGUCAUAGCCAUGUACGAAGGUUGUCACAUUCCUCUGGAGAUCAUGAGUGACUUCUAUGGCAAGAGUUCCCACAGCCAGAGCAUGAAACAGUUCAUGGACAUUUUCUCCCUGCCUGAGAUGACCCUGUUGUCCUGCGUUAAUGAUUUUUUCAUGAAGCACAAUAUUGACUACGAGCCGGUCCACCUCUACAAAGAUGUGAAGGAAGCCAUUCGGGAUGUUCACGUCAAGGGCAUACUGUACCGAGCUGUGGAGGCAGACAUCGAGAAAUACAUUUGUUAUGGAGAGCAAAGCCAUGCUGUGCUUAAGAAGCUGGCAGAAAAUGGGAAGAAAAUGUUCCUCAUUACCAACAGUCCCUUUGAUUUUGUGGACCGAGGGAUGAGCUACAUUGUGGGAAAGGACUGGAGGGACCUGUUUGAUGUCGUAAUUGUUCAGGCUGACAAGCCCAGUUUCUUCAAUGACAAGAGGAAACCUUUCAGACGAGUGACAGACAAAGGCUCACUGCUGUGGGAUCGGAUCCACAAGUUGGAAAAAGGGCAGAUCUACAAACAGGGAAACCUUUACGAGUUCCUGAGACUCACAGGCUGGAGGGGAUCCAAAGUGCUUUACUUCGGUGAUCACAUCUACAGUGACUUGGCAGAUCUCACACUUAAACACGGCUGGAGAACGGGCGCCAUCAUUCCCGAGCUGCGGAAAGAGAUCAAGAUCAUGAACACGGAGCAGUAUGUGCACAUGAUGUCCUGGCUACAGGCACUGACUGGACUUAUUGAACAGAUGCAGGUUCACCGAGACCCAGCCUCCCGGGCGGUUGUUGAGGAGUGGAUUAGAGAGAGGGAAGCCAUGAGGCCACAGACAAAAGACAUCUUCAACACUCAGUUUGGGAGUCUCUUCCGGACCUAUCACAACCCAACGUAUUUCUCGCGCCGCCUGUCCCGCUUCGCUGACAUCUACAUGGCGUCCAUCAGCUGCCUGCUCAACUACGACUUCCAGCACACCUUUUUUCCCCGCCGCAAUCCCCUGCAGCACGAAUCUCCCUUCUGUCCUGAACACGUCCCCGCCGGGCCCCGUGUGGACCCAGAGCUCCGCAGCUGAGUCCGACUGACGAGGCCGUUUUAUUCACUUUACUCAUUUAAGCAAGUUUUACUUUUUGUCCAACCGCAUGACAUGUUUUAGUUUCUAUUCAAUGACACAGUCAACUGUUGAGCUCGAAAUACAAAUGACACACAACCUUCGUGAAGACAACUUUCACGAGUUCAUCUAAAUGAAGAAAAUUUGAUGCACUGACUUGGACUGGUUUACGUGUGUGUGUGUGUGUGUGUUUGUGUGACAUAUUUGUGCAGCUGAAACGAUGGGAAACGUCAGAACGUCACAAAACAUCACAUUCUGCACGUAUAUAUUUUUUUAACCUUAAUUCUGUAAAAAAAAAAAAAAA